GCAAGAAACCGUCCAUAGCCGUCGUUGGUGAUGAGAGCACGUCAUGCUGAAAUCCGGAAGCGGAGGUGAAGGUGAGAGCUGGUUGUGGACGAUGGCGCCUUCCCAGUCAACAACUCUUACCCUUCUGUUCGACGGUCGCCCCCCACAAUCUCACCUAACUGGCAAUCACGACCCACAGAACGAUGGAUAUUUUCGUAUCUCAGCUCCCCGGGCUCUCUGUCGCUACGCAUCUAUCGAGAGAGCUAGCAAAGGACGACGACGAGAAUAUGCCCGACAACAAAAGCUGGCGCUUAGGACACAGCAAACAGCCAAAGAAGCCUCCGAGAACAUCUACCCCGCUCAAGAUUGACGUCGACAGCCCUGCAGGCCCCGAUGAUACGAGCGACCGUCGCCUCCAGCUCAGCUGGCGGAAGACACGGCAGAGUAGCAGACCACAGACUCCCGUAGGUGGUGCGCACACCACGCCUGUCACCGAAGAUGCAGAUGACGCCCCGAGUGAACGUUCAGAUACACCAGCCCUACGUCGAGACUCCAAGCCUAAGCUCGCUCGCUACACGUCGCUUUUCGCCAACUUCAAAGAAACAACCAAGGAGCCCGAGUUCGCGUUUUCUGCGCCAUGGGGUGAAGAUGCACCAUCACCUUUCCAGACCUAUAUAGAUCCGCUCGACGUAGUAAGAUCUGUCCGAUCGCAUAUGAGAACCGCUUCCUGGCCGAUACAUAUGGAGCACAACAGCGGUCUCUUUCGUGUGUUUGAGGACUAUCGCAAGGUGCGAGAGCAGAAAGAGUGUCUUAGUACAAUUUUGAAGGAGACACUCAAGGAUUGGAAAAAGGCCGAAGAGCACUGGACACGUUCAAGAGAUCGCUAUGGGGCGGAGAUACGGCGCUUAGAGCUGCUCAUAGCUCGUGGAGCGAGUGGUAUGACUGGACUUAUACAGGCUCGUCAAGACAGUAUUGUGCGGCGUCAUAGGAAGACCAUCUCGCACGACAGUUUCCCGCCAAAAUACGACUUCUUCUCACACGCGCAACUUGACCAAGAGAUCAAAUUAAUGAGUCAGAGAGCGAUUCUGAAUCGGCCGUGGUCUCCCUCUGGAAAGAUGGCCGUACUGUCCACGCAGUUCACCAAUGGCAUGGAAGAAAUGCCUGUGGGAAACCCGCCGCAGACCAGCAAGAAUCUGACAUUGUCGCGCAAAGUCCAGAGCGAGCUGAAUCUCGUUGCUAUGCAGAAGACAAAGCCUUCUCGAUCUCUCACUAGUUCCGUCGCUUCUGGCUUCUCGGGAGGAUCUGGCGACCCUUUGCCUGACGAGAUGACGAUUCUUGAGCACACCGGCAUGGAGCCAGCCACCGAAUGCGAAGCUAUUGUUGCUCUCCGAGCACUCGGUACACUUGUCGCAAGACGUCGAGGUCUAGAUGUGAGCAGCUUUAAUCAUGGUCUCAUGAUGCUGUUCUGGCAGACUAGACCAGCAGAGAAAUUGACAGGACGUGUCGAAGAUAAUGAUACCCGAAAUCCACGUCAAGAAGUCAGCUCUGACAAUGGAACAUAUGAGUAUUUCGACCAAGGUCUUGCGCCGCGGAAUGUCCUCCGAAAAUUUCAGUCGCAGCCCCAACUCAACACAACCCAAAAGCAUCAUCGACAGUUUUCUUUCGAGCCUGGGGCUGACCAGCUUGAAGCACUCACGGAAGAAUGUAGAGCGCUUGAUGGGGAGGCCAAUGAGAGCGGUUCUGACGAUUCUGACACCCCCCUUCUAAUGCGUACUGGACGCCCGGCGCUUGAUACGCAAUCAAUCAGAUCAACUUCGUCGUCACAAGUUCUGGGUGCGGACUUGGGUCAGGCUUCAAAGAUUCCCAGCCCCGUGCAAACUCUGGGUCGCAGUCGUCGAGCAGAUUCCGCUUCGAGCAUUCAGUCGGUCUAUGCCAACAUUCGUCGUGGGUCUAGCUCAAGUGUUGUUACGGCAUUCCGCGAAAAUUCGAUCGGAAGCAUGCGACCAGAGCUUCAGAGCAGAAACAAUUCGAUCAACAACCUGCGUAUGCCAGACUCUCCGUCGGUAUUGAGGAACCAGCAUAGUGAAACAGGACUGCAUAACACGAUCAUGGCUAUUGCAGCAGCGAGGGCUGCAAGUGAUGCAUGUCAACCAUCGUCAGGUCGAGGUAGUCCGAGGCUUUGUCUUUCGCGAGUAAACAACUCACAAGGUUCGGUAAGGCCGGGCGAUGAUGUUCCAAAGAUAACGUCACCGGUCUGAUGGAUGGAGGUCUGAUAUACUCGUGAUCGAGAUCUUAGAGUUAUGUUGGGCAAAUCGGGCAGCGAUUGGUGUUUCAUCUCGGUUACUCAGCGCGUCGGUUUGAGUUUGAUUCGACUGUCAGACAUGGUGCGGUCGCACCCAUUCUAACCGCCAACGUCAGAAAGGAUAAUUGAUUCACUAUGAAAUGUCCCGACCGCAGAACGUUCACACCGUUACAGCAGAUUGUGGGGUUAUGCUAAAGUCCCGUGUGCUCGAAGCAGAAUAAUUCGACGGAUAUUGUCACGUACGUGCGUCACAGCCUUGUGAUGAUGAAGUUUG